AUGCCCUCGUCAGGUUCGGGUCUCAAUCUUCCCUCUCUCGCUCCCCAAGUCAACAUGGUAGGGCUUAGGCUCGGCACGGACGGUCGGCUGUACCCCCGGCCAGGUCCGGCAGUGAACGCACCUCUCCCGGUCCUCCAAUCCACCGCAGGCUCGGCGGUGGUGGGCCGGAUGCUGGCACAUUCAUUUGACGCAGCAGGCUCAGGAGUAGGCUCGGGAGGUACGGCGGCAGGUUCGGGGAACACAGCAGCCUCGGGAGGGUCAGCUUCGUACUUGAGAGUGUAUGAGGAGGAAGGGGAGAGGGAUGGUGGGGGGGGAGCAGCAGCAGGAGGGGUAGGAGGGAGCAAAGGACAGGGGGGUGUGGGGAGCAAGGGCACAGGGGCGGCAGCAACUGGGGCAGGCGGUACUGUAGCAGGUACAGGAGGAGGGGCGGGAGGAGGAGGAGAAGCAGGAGAGAGUGGUGUUACAAUAAUGAUACCUCCUUUGGUGAAUGGGAUUGUUCCUAUAGCAGAAGGUGCUUCUGAGAGCGAAGCUUCAUCAGGGGAGGACAGAAGUAGGGGCAAUGAGGGCCAGCAGCAGUCAGGUGAAAAUCCAGCUUCGGCGCCGGACCUCUCCUUCCUCCGGGGCGCUGCCGAAGCUGCCAGCGGCUCGCCCGGGAGAGUGCUAGGGAUGCCUCCAGGGGAUGUGACUGUAAGGGGCGGAAGGCCUGGGUGGCUGGGACAACCCCAAGGCAGGAUACCCCCGGGAAUGGGUCCAAACGGCGGGCUUAUAUGGGGGGGAUUAGAUGUUACAGACAGCGCGACUUACCUGCAGAGUAUGAUUGCUGUAUACACCCUUGCAAGGGACCCUGCCCCGUCUGUAUCUAAGAUCAGCCGACAGACUCUUGCCCAGAUUGGCUCCUCUGUAGCUGCAGCAGCUACUAGUCUCAACGCGGCAGCGGCAGCGGCAGCAGCGGCGGCAGGAGCAGGAGGAGGGGUGGGGGGAGCGGGGCCGGGAGGAGGAGGGAUGGGCGGAACUGGGAUGGGGUAUGACGCGUUUAUGAUGCCGAUGAUGGUGCCUGGGAUGGGUGGGGUUGGGGGGGGGAUGGUAGCAGGGGGGCUUGCUCCGUCUGCUAGCUUCAGCAACCUGACUCGGAGCAGCAGCAGAGAUACCGGGACGGUGAUAAUCACUGGUGCUGGUGCGGCUGCGGCUGGUGGUGGAGCCAUUGGCACUCCGAAUCUCUCUCUCGCUGCUGCUGCAGCAGUGGGGGCCGCGGGGCCUGUGGGUUUGCCAGGCCUGGGGGGGGUGGGCGGGGGGAUGGGGCAUCACGGGCUGAUGAGUCCUGCCAUGAGUCCACGUGUCCCCUCCCCAUUGGCUGUUGGGUUGGCUCCUGCAAUUACCCGGUCAACUUCAUGGGUUGCGCCUGUCAACGCUCCACACCCAAUCGGCAGCUGGCGCCAGCUGGCAGCACCACAGCUCGCCAUGUCACCCUCUGCCGCCGCAGCUUCGGGAUUCCUCCAAGCCCGGGACCCGUUCGGCCUGGUGGCUCGGGACAGCCUCGGGCUGCCGCCGAUGCUGGCACCAGGUUCGGGAAUGCAGGCUCGGGACAGUGGGAUGCGGAGGGUAAUGACUGCAGUGGAUUUCUCGUCGUCCCAGCAGCAGCAGCAACAGCAGCAGCAGCAGAGGCAGAUGGGGGUGAUGGGGAAUGGGGAGAUCCUUGCAGGAGUGCAUGUGCUGUCAUCUGUCACAGGAGGAGGAGGGUACCCGCCCUUGAGACCAAAUCACGCAGCUGUCUCGUCAGACGCCAUUGCGCACCCAUCCAACCCACCUGCACUUACAACCCCUGCUAGUCGCCCUCAAAACCCUAACUCCGCUUCCUCUCAACCUUCUACUGCGAGUGCUGCCCCUGCUGCUGCCCCUGCUGCUGCGCCUGCUGCCACCUCUGCCACUGCCCCCUCUGGUGCUGGUACAGCCGCGGGUACAUUGCCUGCUGUGGGAUAUUCAAGCAUCCCGAAUCCUGCUGCUGCUGCUGGCUCCAAUGCGACAAGCUCUACAGGCACAGCCGGUGGGCCCAGUGGGCUAGGGACCCCCCCGGCCCUCUCCGGCCCUCUCUCGGCCUCUCUCUCCGCGUCGCUCCUGGACCCGUUUCUGUCGCUGGAUGCAGCGGCAGCGGCGCAGGCGAAGCCGGUGCCCAAGUCGGGGCUGUAUGCGUGGAGCUGUGGGCACUUGUCGCGGCCGCUGCUGGAGGCGGUGUGUGACGCCGAGGCUGAGACGAGGCGUGCGGCGAGAGAGAAGCGAGCGGUUGAGGGUGUGGCAGAAUGCCGGCGAGCCACGGUGAGCAAGGUGAGCGAUCAGAUCGCCAGCUUUGACACCGAGUCUGACAUGAUGACAGAGGCCGUGCUCCUGCACCCCUUCCUGCCACUCGUGUGCAUUGCGGACGAGAACGAGGUUGUGAGAAUCUGGAACUACGAGGAGGGACUGACAGUGAGCACGUUUGACAACCAGACGGGAGGUGGAGGUGGGGCGGACAGGCACAAGGGAGUGAGCCAGCUGUGUCUGCUCAACGAGCUAGACGACACUCUAUUGCUCGUCGCCUCCAGGGACGGGAGCGUGCGUGUGUGGAGGGACUUUGCGCGGAGAGGCAAGCAACGAAUAGCCACAGCAUGGCAGGCCGUUCAGUGUGGGGAAGGGAGGUGUGGGGGUGAGAGGGCGAACGGGGGCAGUGGUGGAGUGGCAGCAGCUUAUGGGGUACCUGGUAAGAUCUCGUUGUGUGUCUCUAGAUCGGAUGUGUGUGAUUCUGAUGGGGGAGGUGUGGGGAAGGGAGGUGUGGGGGUGAGAGGGCGAACGGGGGCAGUGGUGGAGUGGCAGCAGCUUAUGGGGUACCUGUAUGCUUCGGGCGAAAUCUCCUCCAUCCUCGUGUGGGACCUAGACAGGGAGCUGCUGGCUCACAGUGUGCCCACUGAGUGUGACUCUGCCGUGACGGCUCUGGGAUCAUCUGUUGUCCAGCCAAGCUACGUGGCAGCGGGGUGUGACGACGGCUCUGUUCGGCUAUUUGACAUUCGCUCGCAACCCCGGGCGCAGCUCGUGUGCGGCACGCACCACCACUCGCAUCGGGUUGCGGGAAUUGCAUUCCACCCCGCCAGCACUUCCGCACCUCAAAUUAUCUCUGCUUCAAGUUCUGGCGAGAUUGUAUUUUUAGAUGCCCGAAAUCCGGGGCAGCCAAUUAGAAGAGUGGAGGCGCAUAAGGGGCACCUCACAGCGCUCUCGGUUCACCGGCACCUGCCUGUCAUGGCCACGGGCAGCUCGAAACAAUUAAUCAGAGUGUUCAACAUGUCUGGGGACCUAUUGAGUGUCGUGCGUUACCACAACAGUUUCCUGGGUCAGCGCAUCGGCCCUGUCAGUGCGCUGCACUUCCACCCGUACCGACCCCUCCUGGCCGCGGGUGCCACUGACUCCAUUGUUUCCAUCUAUGCGGGGGAGACACACCGCAGCUAG